UGCGAUUUUCACCAAAUCGGUCCGAACCGUCCCAACAUUUUCGUUUGGAUUCAGUAUACUAUAGUGAAACCAAGUAAGAAAGCGCGCAUGUGUCACAGAGGCAGAGUCGCGAGCGCAUGGGAUCAUUCGAUAAGUUGCCGAUGAGUCGGCUCGAGACGUUCCGAUCGAUGGCGAACCAGGCCGGACAGACCAUGUACGCCGGUGCAAGUCUCGCGGCCAGUGUUGGCAAAGAGAAGGCGACCCUCGUGGCCAGCGUCGGCAAAGAGAAGGGCCUGAAAGUGUAUUCGCACGCGGCGGUCGCGGCGUCGGCAGGGCGAUCGACGCUCGAAACACGCAUCAAGCAAGUCAAGUCGUCGUCGCCGUUCAAAAAGGUCAAGCAGCGUCUCUGGUCCAAGUCGGACACACAGUCCGAGGUCGACGUUGCGCCUGUGGCGUUUGCCUCCACCGAGAAAGAGUACUACAAGGUGGACCCGUCCACGGUGGUGAAGCGAUCGCAGUCCAGCCGCGGGCCACGCAACAAAAAGGACGCGCGAUCGACAAAGCACGCGCCAGCGCUAACACGUAGUGCGUCGAACAUCGAGACCGACACCCAACGUCGGCGAGUCAGCGGCGGGAGCACCAGCGCCAUCGCGCCGCCUGUGUCGAGUCCGCAGGAGAUCGAAUUUUAACGCUAUUUUAAUGUGUAACUGUCUGAACUUUUUUCCACA